AUGUAAUCUUUUGCUAAUUUUCUGUCUUAAGGAAUAACAAUUGCUAAUGUUGGAACCAUUUUACUUGUAGGAAAUACUAGUAAAGCUACUGCAAAAGGAGUUUCAUAUUUUGGAUCACGUGUAAACUCAAUUUCUAAAGCAGCUAUAGGAGAAAUCAGAGAAAUGAUUAAUGAAAAGACUGAAGAUAUGCUCUUGGUAGCCAAUAAUGAUGAAACUUCUCAAAUAAAAUAAAUCUAUUCUCUUGAGGGUUUAUAAUAAAACAAAUAAACUUCUCAUUGUAAAGCCUUGAUUAAAAUAACCUCAAAUAAUUAUGUGUCUUUUGAAGUAACAUCAGGCAAAUAAAGUGGUGUAAUUGCCAAGAAGGAAGAGUAAUUACUAAGCGGUGAAACAAUUUGUUGCAAUAAAAUUCAACUACAGCUAGUAAAAAUUGUUGGACAAAGAGACCAUUCAUAAGAUAGAAAGUAAAUUGGCUCGAUUAACAUUAGAAAAAGAAGUAUUUAAGAUAUUGAAUCCUUUGCAAUUAAAGUUUUUUAAGACGAAACUUAUGAUUGGCUUCUAAAUAACUGCUAAAAUUAUUUAUAAUAGCUUAUAGACUUCGCUGCAAGUGAUUAUUGA